AUGUCUCUGACGGAAACCGCUGAGAAGCUUUCAAGCAAGCAUGGCAGCAAUGGCUUUUUGUCAUCGUUUCUCUCUGCCGCCCACAAUGUCGCUAAUAUGGUGAUGAGUGACGAGGAGGGCGAAGACACUCGCCAGAGCCUGCCGACUGUUUCCAAAAGACAGUCUAAACACCUACAAAAACCCAACCUGAAGUCCCAAGCGCUGUCGAAUCCUACUUCUAGAACGUCCACGCAUAGUCAUAACGACCACAGUAACUUGUCUUUGGGUAAUUCUCACGAUAACGACGGAAGCAGUGUUGCUGUUAAGUUUCCUGCUUUGCCUCGUCUAUCGACUUCAAACGUCCACUUCGAGCCUGUUCACGACUCGCCUAUAAAUACCAUGGGUAACGGCGACUUACAGCUUCUGCACUUUGAUGGUAAAUCGUCCAUAGGGAACCUGGAUGUUCCACUGUUAGCCAUCAGCGGCAAUGAUGGUGGUAAAGAUCCCGACGUGUUGGCUGUUCUGGGAAAUGAUGAUUCAAAAGUUGUGAAACGCAAAAGAAGAGGUUCAGAAUUGUCAUCCCAUCAAAGUGUCGAUGAAGAGCUGUCUAUACAAGAAACAGAAGAGUCCAAUCAGGAAUUGGACAAAAUGCUAGAAUCUUCAGACAUAAGCUUUGCAAGCUCAAAGAAGAAUAAAGAGUUUCAUCAUAAUUUCCGGAAGAUCCCGCAAUCCGAACGCCUUAUUGCUGACUACUCAUGUGCUUUAUCCAAAGAUAUCUUGGUGCAAGGUAAGAUGUACCUUACUCAAAAUUACAUUUGUUUUAAUUCUAAUAUCUUGGGGUGGGUAACUCAUCUUGUUAUUCCUCUCCAAGAAGUCAUUCAGAUCGAAAAGAAGUCUACUGCUGUGCUUUUUCCUAAUGGUAUGAUCAUUCGUACGCUUCACCAAAAAUAUGUCUUCGCUACAUUCAUUUCUAGAGAUACUACAUUCGUUCAAAUUACUAGAGUUUGGCAUGAUGUUCUUCUGGGCAAGAAUGACCACAAGAGCAACGGUCGUGCUCGCAGCGCAUCACGAGUAAGCAACAGGACAGCAAUGGGGUCCGAGGGUUCUUAUGACAGUGAUGAAGAGAACAGUGAUGGAGAAGAUGAUGGAGACGACGAUGACGGAGAAGAAGCUAACGGAUCAGAUGAAGAGGGUGAAGGUAAUAGAGAACGCUCCUCAACCAAAGGUAAAAACGAUGAUGAGGAUGGCGAUAAUGACGAGGGAGAAAGUAAGAAAGGUUCUGACGAAGGGGAAGAUGGAGAGGAAGAUCUGCCAAAAGGUAGUGAAGAAGGAGGAGGAGACUUUAAAGGGCUAACAAAUCCCGGUCCAGCCGAGCAUGAACCAACCAAAGCCGAUAGAGAAGAUGAAAGUAACGACGUGUUCAUUCUUGAUCAUACCUUCAAAGCUCCACCAGGAGUUGUUUUCAGCAUACUUUUUGGUCCUGACACCAACAAUUACAUCAGAAUCUUGGAGGACCAAAAGAACUACGACAUCGAGAAAGAUAAAAUCACCGAGCUCUCCCAAAAGAAGAAGGAGAGAAAGUAUGUCUACCUGAAGCCGUUGAGCGGCCCAAUUGGCCCCAAGAACACAAAGUGUAACAUCACUGACAGAUUAGUCCAUUGUGACUUUUCCAAAUAUAUUCAUAUCGAGCAGGUUACCCAGACACCAGACGUGCCGCUGGGUAAUGUCUUCAAAAUCGUUACAACCAUGCUUCUCUCAUGGGGCGAAGAUAACUCGACAAAAAUGCAUGUGGUGACUUCCAUUGAAUGGUCGGGAAAGUCAUGGGUCAAGGGUGCGAUCGAAAGAGGAAGUAUUGAUGGUCAGAAAGAAUCAAUGAAGAGUCUCACGGAAUCCGUAACGGAUAUUAUCGAGAAUGGUCAAGGCGGUUCAAAGAAAAAGAGAAAGAGAUCCAAAUCAAAGAAACUGGCGCCUCAAGAGCAGGAGCAAGCACAAGAGCCAGCAAAGGAGCCCACUCUUGUCGAACAACUUACGCAACUCGCCGAAACCAUUGGUAAGUCGGUACCAUUGGGACUCCCAGUCAGCGAUGCUUUACUUGGAGGAAUUAUUCUAGUGUUUGGCUCGCUAAUCUACACCUGGAUUCUCGUCUUCUUGUUCGGAGGGUCAAGCGACAAGACUCCUGUCAUGAACGAUGCAGACGGGUCUGCCAGGCUUCUCAAGUUCGGUAAUAACAAUUUCUACGUUAUGCCGAGCCAGGAAAGAUACAUCAACGACAAACAGAACCGAAUGGUGAAGGAAGCACGCGUCUGGAGCUGGAUCAACCUGAGAAGUCUGGGCAAAAUCCCUAACUUCAGCAAAUCCGACCACCGUUCUCACUUUGCAGAUGAAUACGCUUCACAAGAGUUUGAAGAGAAUGUGAAGCUCACGAAGCAGAGAGUAGACGAACUCUACCAUCGCAUGAGCGACUGA